AACGAUUUGAUCUGUGAUUGUUUUUCUCUCAAUCAACUUCAAAAUUUGUUGAUUCACCAUUUUUUUCCACAGAACCAAUCCUUCUACAAUGCCUGUAUUCCUCUCUUCUCGUUUUCUCUUCUUCUGCAUCAUCGUCCCCUUACUCAUCUCUAUCACUCUCUACCAACUCGACACGUUUGACCCAGCUCAUCAUCCCGCUGACUCACUCAUCUCCUCUACUGCUUCAAUCCCGCCUCUAAUAAACGAAAGAUUUCUCACCGGAGCUGAGUUUAUCGGAGUCGGUCUUCUCAAUAGCCCCGAAGACAUCGCCUACCAUGAAGACUCUGGUUUCAUCUACACUGGUUGCGUUGAUGGAUGGGUCAAACGAGUCAAGGUCGCCGAGUCGGUUAAUGACUCACUCGUUGAAGAUUUGGUCAACACCGGUGGUAGACCGCUCGGAAUCGCUUUCGGAAUCCACGGCGAAGUCAUCGUCGCUGACGCUUACAAGGGACUGUUGAAUAUAAGCGGUGACGGGAAGAAGACGGAAUUGUUAACGGAAGAAGCGGACGGCGUUAGAUUUAAGCUACCGGAUGCAGUUACUGUUGCAGAUAACGGCGUUUUGUAUUUCACUGAUGGUUCUUAUAAGUACAAUCUCCAUCAGUUUAGUUUUGAUAUCUUGGAAGGCAAACCACACGGUCGUCUCAUGAGCUUUGAUCCCACCACAAAAGUGACACGUGUACUUCUCAGAGAUCUCUACUUUGCUAAUGGUGUCUCUCUGUCUCCUGAUCAAACCCAUCUCGUCUUCUGCGAAACCCCCAUAAGAAGAUGUAGUAAGUAUUACAUCAAUGGAGGGCGCGUGGAGUUAUUUAUUCAAGGCUUACCAGGCUAUCCAGAUAACAUCCGGUAUGAUGGAGAUGGACAUUACUGGAUUGCAAUGCCUUCGGGAGUAACAACGUUGUGGAAGCUUUCAAUGAAAUACCCAUUCUUGAGGAAAAUCACAGCUAUGGCGGCUAAGUACGGCUAUGAACCUAUGUUUAUGGAGAAUGCAGGAGUUUUGCAGGUGGAUUUGGAUGGGAACCCCAUCGCAUACUACCAUGAUCAGGCGCUCUCUCACAUAACCACCGGUGUCAAGAUUGGGAACUAUCUCUAUUGUGGAAGUCUCUGGCAUUCACACAUUCUCCGACUUGAUCUCCUAAAAUACCCUGCACAAAACAAGAAGCUUUGAAACUUCAUGUUUAUAAAAAAAAAAGACUUUUACAUUUUAGGAGUAUUCACUGUCACAAAAUGUAAACUCAUUGUCCUGAGAAUGAAUCAUGAUGUUUCUCUAUCUCUAAGGAUAUUAGUAACCUG